AUGCGAGGACUAACUGUUCACCGGGAUGAGUUCAUCAAUUGCUCCAGAUGCGAUAAAGAGCGUCGCUUUAGUCUUCGAAGCAACGAGCAAUGCAGGAUCUACCAUGACGCCUUGGCUAAUAAGAACUGGACCUGUUCUGAUAUGCCCAAUGAUCAAAUGACUUGUGAAGAUGUAGAGGAGAGGAAAAGCAGGAAGGCGUGUAGGGGUUGUCCUGAGAAUGCUGCAUGCAAGGGUUGCAUCAGGUGUGUUUGCUUCGGCUGUUCCAUGUGCCGCUUCCCCGAUUGCACCUGCCGCACCUGUGUUGAUUUCAUCCAGAAUGCAAACCCUGACAACUAA